CCGGCUGCCGCGGGCUGCUGGCGGCAGGGGAGCGGUUCGGGCGUGGAGGUGCUGGAGGCAGUCCCGGGAAGGGUCUGGAGAACAAGUCUUGGCAAGGAGCGUCGGUGGGAGCUGGGGUUGUGUAGGAAAGGAGGGAGGAAAGGAGGCUUAUCGCUCUCCGCGAGCAUCGUCCUUGGAGCGACCUGGAAGACGUGGAGGUGUGGUGCUCGGCUGCAUGGCGUCGUGGUGAACUUGGAAUUCCAAGGCUGGUGGUUGGACUCGAUGAACUUAAAGAUUUCCAGCUCAGGAUCAGUGUGCUUGUGCUGAUUUUCUGAUGAAGUACAUCCUGGUAACUGGUGGUGUCAUCUCGGGCAUUGGGAAAGGGAUCAUUGCAAGCAGCAUAGGCACCAUACUAAAAUCAUGUGGUCUACGUGUCACUGCAAUCAAAAUUGAUCCGUACAUAAACAUAGAUGCUGGAACCUUUUCACCAUAUGAACAUGGUGAAGUUUUUGUAUUGAAUGAUGGUGGAGAAGUUGACUUAGAUUUGGGAAAUUAUGAGAGGUUUUUGGACAUCAGUCUCUAUAAAGAUAACAACAUCACCACUGGAAAGAUAUAUCAGCAUGUCAUUAACAAAGAAAGACAUGGUGAUUACCUCGGAAAAACUGUUCAAGUUGUACCACACAUCACUGAUGCAGUUCAGGAAUGGGUAAUGAAUCAGGCAAAAGUUCCAGUGGAUGAUGACAGAAAAGAGCCACAAAUUUGUGUAAUUGAGCUGGGUGGAACCAUUGGAGAUAUUGAAGGAAUGCCAUUUAUUGAAGCCUUUAGACAGUUUCAGUUCAAAGCAAAAAGAGAGAACUUCUGUAAUAUCCAUGUUAGUCUAGUACCACAGCCUAAUGCUACGGGCGAACAGAAGACAAAACCAACACAGAACAGUGUUCGAGCACUGAGAGGCCUAGGCUUGUCUCCAGAUUUGAUUGUCUGCAGAAGUGCAAAACCUAUAGAAAUGGCAGUAAAGGAAAAGAUUUCCAUGUUUUGCCAUGUGGAGCCUGAGCAGGUGAUAUUUAUCCAUGAUGUUUCUUCUACUUACCGAGUACCAAUCCUGUUGGAGGAGCAAGGCAUCAUUAAGUAUUUUAAGCAGAGGUUAAACCUACCUAUUGAUGACCAGCCAAGUGAUCUUCUAAUGAAAUGGAAGAAAAUGGCCGACAGGUAUGAAAGGUUGCUGAAGGUGUGUUCCAUAGCUCUCGUUGGCAAGUACACAAAGCUAAGUGAUUGCUAUGCAUCUGUUUUCAAGGCUCUGGAACACUCUGCGCUGGCAAUUAAUCACAAACUCGAAUUAAUGUACAUAGAUUCAACAGAACUUGAACGUUCUACAGAAGCAGAGAACUCUGUGAAAUAUCACCAGGCAUGGCACAAACUAUGCAAAGCAGAUGGAAUUCUGGUCCCAGGAGGGUUUGGAAUUAGGGGAACAGAAGGUAAACUUCAAGCUAUCUCCUGGGCACGAACAAAGAAAAAACCUUUUCUUGGAGUUUGCCUGGGAAUGCAAUUAGCAGUUGUGGAAUUUGCAAGAAACUGUUUGAAUUGGAAAGAUGCAAAUUCUACAGAAUUUGACCCAGACACAAAAACCCCUGUUGUUAUUGACAUGCCAGAACACAAUCCUGGAGAUAUGGGUGGAACAAUGAGACUGGGGAAGAGGAGAACUGUUUUCAAAACAGAAAAUUCUGUUUUACGGAAACUUUAUGGUGAUGAAGUGUUUGUAGAGGAGCGACACAGGCAUCGAUAUGAGGUGAACCCAGAAUUGACUCACUGCUUUGAAGAGAAAGGUUUGAAAUUUGUUGGCCAUGAUACAGAAGGGAACAGAAUGGAAAUUAUUGAACUGGAGAAUCACCCAUAUUUUGUCGGAGUUCAGUUCCAUCCAGAGUUUUCCUCAAGACCUAUGAAACCUUCACCUCCUUACCUUGGACUGUUGCUAGCAGCAACUGGGACACUCGGUGCAUACCUGCAACGUGGAUGUAAAUUGUCUCCAAGUGACAGCUACAGUGACCUCAGUGAUGACAGCUCUCCAGAGAAAGAGUUUAAUCCAGAAACAAGCUGAAAAUGUUAUGUGAGAUCACAGAAAUGGAUGAUGCUAUUGAGAAAGUUGGGAACAGGACAAUAUUGAAUAGAAGAAAGUAGAAGAGUAAGCUGCUUAUGGUCCUCGUAGUGUCUCCUCCUAUACUGUUUUCAAUAAUUCUCUUUAGAGAGAUUAAAAACUGUUUUGUAUAAAUGCUGCUUCUCUAUAAAAAAGAUAAAAUGGUUGUGCACCUUAGCUGUUAAUCAUUAUUGAUCUUGUCCUGUAUUUCAGAAUGAUCUCAGGUGAAUAUGUAUUAAUUCACUAGUUCACACUGAUCUCAAUUUGAAGAAUGGGUUGAUUGUUUAAAGUUGGCCUUAGAACAGAAAGGUAAAAUGCAUUCAUUCUUGUGAAUGAGAGGGAAUGCACUAAAAAAAUUAAGGGAAAGCUGUAUUAUCUAUGAGCAGUACAGAUAUGUUUGAGGUUUUUUUCCCUGUUAAGUUUGUUAUAUAGAUAUAUUUUUUUACUUUUUUUGCUGCUCAAUAUGUACAAAUGAGAAAUAGUUGCUGUAUUUCAGCUCUUUGUGAUUAUAAUAAUUGAUGUUGGAUAAAAAUCUUUUCACCUCGGUUUUAUCGGUGAUUUCACUUUACAAAAGUUCAGGUUUAUUUGCUGUCUUUCUUCUGGAAGGCUGAUCAUACUGAACAUAAUUCUGACCUACAGAAUUACAGAAGUGAUGUUAGAAGGGAGUUCUGUAUUUAUAUUUUGUAUGAGAGAAAGUAAAUACACUCAUAUGUAAAAAAAUAAUUUCAGCACUAGUAUAAAAGUUUUAGAAGAACCCCUCAUAAACAUGAAGCAUAAUCUUGGCUUGAGCUGUUCAACACUGAGUUAGUGUCAAUUGUUUUCCCUCAUCCGGUGACCACUCCAUGGUCUUGGGGCUCCUUCCUCAGUAGGAUGGAGCAGUGUAUUUUAAUCUAGAAAACACAAGUUAUUCCACUGCAUGACAAGCACAGGCAGCCUCACAAACCCAGGGCUGCAACUUGAAUUGCUGAGACAGAUGAGGAAGGUGAGGGGUGCUGUACCAUGUUUCAGGCUGGAUGCUAUUAGCAAAGUGGCAUCAUCAGAUCUGUCACAGAAGCUGGAGCUAAGCUGUGUAACUGAUGGGUCCCACAUGCCUGCAGCACCCAUUCCUGUAAAGAAAACUUCUGAAUUUUGAACUUCAUGUUUCAUCUUGGUUUUGGGCAAAGAGACUUUUUUUAAUUCAUCAAAAGGUAAAAUACCUGUGCAAAAAUAAAUAGCAUCAUGUUCCUUAUUACAGUUUGGUAAAACAGUUAAGUUUGAGAGCUUUGCAUUGCUUUAGAAAAAUCUCAGGUUAUGCAGCCAAUUUAUCUCUUCACUAGAAGAAGCUGUAAUGGCAAUGAAAUUUAAACUGUGUUCCUAUAGCAGUGUUUUUCUAAAGUGGUUUGCAGAUGCGUGCCUUAGAAAUAGCAGGUAUUGACGGAAUUGGUGUCACUGUAUGUCUUCCCCAAUAAGAGACACUGGCCACUGGUUUGUGAAAGGUGAAGCCUUUCCUAAAAUUGUCUGUAAUGUGCAAAUGUAUUUUCAAAUCUAUUAAACUGUGUUAUUUGGAA